GCUUGUCCUCGUCUCCCUGGUUCCGUCUCUUGUCUCCACAGUCCGUGUCUCUCAGUGGAGACAGGAGCUCAUCUACCUUCAGCCCAGUGAAGAGGAACCAGCAGCGCUCACCAUGUUCUCUGUGCUUUCCCUGCUUCUACUGGCAGGAGCACACAGCGCGACGGCAAGGCUUCACUCUCUGAAGUAUUUCCACACUGCGUCGUCUCAAGUCCCAAACCUUCCAGAGUUUGUGAGUGUUGGUUUGGUUGAUGAUGUUCCGAUCGUUCACUUUGACAGCAACACAAAGAAAUAUGAACCAAAACAGGACUGGAUGUUAAAGGGAAAUGAUGCACAGUACUGGGAGUGGCAGACUCAGAUUGCUUUGGGUAACGAGCAGGGCUACAAAGUCGACAUGGAAAACUUAAAGGAACGCUUCAACCAAACUGGAGGUGUUCAGAUUAUCCAGAAGAUGUACGGAUGUGAAUGGGACGAUGAGACUGGAGCAGUUACUGGUUUUAAGCAGUUUGGUUAUGAUGGAGAAGAUUUCAUAUCAUGGGACCAGGAGACAGAGACGUGGAUCGCUCCAACAUCACAGAGUGUCAUCACCAAACUGAAGUGGGAUCAGAAUAAAGCUGAUCUCGCUCAGGAUAAGAACUACCUCCUGGUGGAGUGUCCUCUCUGGCUGAAGAAGUAUCUGGAGCAGGGGAGGAGCUCUCUGCUGAGAACAGAUCUUCCCAGGAUCUCUCUCCUCCAGAAGUCUCCCUCCUCUCCAGUCACCUGCCACGCUACAGGUUUCUACCCCGACAGCGCCAUGUUGUUCUGGAGGAGAGACGGGGAGGAGCUUCAUGAGGACGUGUACCGUGGAGAGGUUCUCCCCAACCAUGACGGGACCUUCCAGAUGAGCGCUGAGCUGAAGGUUCCAUUAGACUCCCCUGAGGACUGGAGGAGGUACGAGUGUGUGUUCCAGAUCUCUGGUGUGGAGGAGGACAUCGUCACCAAACUGGACCAAGACUCAGUCCAGUCCAACAGAGAGAAGCCCACCCCCAUGACCACCAUCAUCAUCAUCAUCAUGGCUGCAGUGGGCGCUCUCGCUGGCGUCGGCGCUGUCAUCGGACUCAUCGUGUCCAGGAGGAAGAAAACCCAGUGUACUUCACUCCCUGUGAAAGAUCCAGGUUCCUCACAGCCGCUGAGAUCAGGUGAUGGAGGUUCUAAUUCUCCAAGUGAGACGUCCUCCUGAACACAGUUUAUGGACGAGAAGCAGUGUCACCACAGUUUCCCCUUUACGCUGUAACUCAUUGAUUAUUCAUCACUUAAAUCAUAAAGUGAUAUUCAGGGUCAGACAUUGAUUGAAAUACAAAUAACACAACUGACAAAUAUGAAAAAUAAAUGGUGGCGUUGAUUAAAUUUGAUCUUUUAGUUAAAAAUAAGGAAUGUAAACUUCCCUCCGAUAAAUGUUUGUUUAAAUAUUGGUAAAUCAAAUUAGGAUUAUUACUUUUUGUUUACCUGGAGUGAAGUAAAACCAGUUAAAUAUUCAGAUUUUAUUUUAUUUCUAAUUUGGCCUGAACAAGAAAUGAAUUAAUCAAGAGAUGCUUGUUUUUGUUUGUUUGGUUAUAUUCAUGCUUUAAACGUUCAUUUGAGUGGAGAUUAUAAAAGGUUGUGGGAUGUUUUAAGUGUCUCAUAUGAAAUGUUCUGUUCAUAUUUUCUGUAAGUUUUUAGGGACUUUUCUGUUUUAGCCUUGUUAACAUUUACACUGCAAAAAAGAAAAGGUUUGAACAGCGAAAAAUUACUGAAUUUAUCUUUCUUAAUUUAAAAACUUCACAUUUUCUCAAAGCUGUCAACUUGUGUUGUUUUAAUUAUUAUUUUUUUCAGGCAAAUGAAUUGGCUUAAAUAACAUGCUACAAUUCUUACAAACAAGUCUAGACGUGCAUUUUGAAAAACGCAACAGGAAGCUCGCCAUUCUGCAUUUAGUGGCCAUUUUGGCCAUAUUCCACAUUUUUAUUUUGAGGUGCUUGUAUCAGGGCUUUCAUCAGAUCAACUUCAAACUGAGAUGAGUGUCAUCACAACAAGACGGAGAUACAAACUAACUCAAACAUCGAUUCUUCAUCACAUGGUGUGACCGUGGCGUGGCGUCACAGUUUGAUUACACGCCAUCAAACACGAUGUCCUGUAUCUCGGACGUACACGGACCAUGAAUCCUUCGAUGCUGAGCCGUCAACAAACAGCUCCACUCCUGCAGUGACGGUGUCAGAGGUCAUAGAUCAGCUGCACCGCCCUGAACCUGGAGGCUCUACAGAGGGGGGGGGCAGUCUGCUCAGCACAUCACCAGGACGGAGCUGCCAUCCAUGGAGGACCUCUACACCCAGCGGUGGAGGAAGAAGAGCAACCGGAUCAUCAGAGACCUCCAUCACCCAAACCAUGAACUGUUCUCCUGCUGGCGGCUGACGGUACUGCAGCAUCCGGGCCGGCAGCACCAGCUCAGAGACACUUUCACCCCCCCGGCCUUAAGACUCUUAAACUCCUCCCAUGUGCAGUAACUCCACUAAACCAGCACCUCAGCAUAAUUGCACUAUUGUUUUUUUCUUUAGGUGUAUAUAUAUUUUUAUAUAUAUAUAUUUUAUAUUGCUGUAAGAGCCUGUGACCCGAGCUUUUCAUUGCAAGCGACUUCUAAAUGUAAUUGUUGUGCAUUUGACAAUAAACUCUUGAAUCUUGAA